CUUGCCAAAAAGUAUUUCAGGGACACAGCACAAUCGUGGAAGGAGAUACUCUGGCUAUUAAGUGUGGUGCUGGCAGUAUCGUGUCUUGGUGAUAUGUUUACUAGAACAUGGAAGUCUGCCAAAGUCAAUGCCCUGACCUAAAUUCAAUGGAGAAUCUGACUAGGUUUGAAAAUUGGUCUUCACAGAUUCUUUCCAUGCGGUCCGACUUUCCUUUUGCCAUUUUCAAGUAAUUUCACUCAAUAGAUAUUGUUUCGCAUUGGUGCCUUGCUUUUGUCUGCCCCCAUUUAAGGAAACGUGUUUUCUUUUUUUGGAACAUUUACGUCUUUAACUCAUGUGACCCUCGCUUCUGUCCUCUAUAGCCUGUUAUGUUUCACCUUCUCUGUUCUCUCUCGGCAGUGAAGACCUGUACUCCUUAAUGCUGGGACGAAUGUGAAACUCCUGAGAGACCGUAAGACCGUCCCUGUGAUGGCUUGUAUCAUCGGAGGAGCGUUCUCAACUCCAUAAUCGGAACACAUUUAUGUUCAACGUUUUCCUUUAGCUUUUGGACUGUUGUCUCACCUUCUGCUGAAGUUUACUACCCCCAGAGUGAUCAUUUAAUUUUAAAUGGGGUUUAAAGGUAACGUGUAGGUAGCACUGACGCAGAUUCCCAAUGUGCCAUUGGUGUCAAAGUUACAACCAGUGAGAAACUGACGCAAGCACCAUCCUGCCCUGUUGUGGAAGCGUCAAUCUCUGUCACUACUAGUGGAUCUGUAAAAUCAUGUCAUAUCCACCAUAUAUUCCUUAUUCUUCAAGGAAUCAAAAUGUCCCCCAAGGUCAGCCCUCUAGACCAGUCUCUCGUAGACAGCCAGAGAUGGAAAACUGGAGGGCGGGAAGACUUGUUGAAAUUGAUCCAGACUUACGCUCUUCUCGCUCGUCCUCUGGAACUUCAGAGAGAAUAUUCCCAGAUGUGCCAAUGACUUACAGGCCUGACCAGAGACUGGUCCAUUCAGAAAGGGACCAUGAAAGACCGAUGGAGUUCCAUCCUAGUAGAACCCGAGAGGAGGCGAUGCCUCUGCCUUUAAGCCGUGGUUCCCACUUUCUCGGCGCCCAAAGAGACGAGUUUCCUUCAACCAGCAGAAGUGUAGCAUCCCCUUGUGAUCUAGACGGAGAGCCCGAUGAGGAAAGUGACAGCAACUCCUUAAGCUGGUUGCAGAUCCUUAAAAACCCCGCAGAGGAUAAUCCUGUGAAAUUUCAACCGUCAGUUUCAUCUGACUAUCCCAGCAGCAGUGAUGGUAGGUUUUUUGCCUCCAGCGGCAGACCAGACAACAGGCAACCUGUGUCUGGUUCAAGAAGGUAUGACGAUCCGCCUCCAAGCGAACCAGAGGAGCGAGAUGAGGCUUCCCAACCACAGUGCACUCCAGAGCUUGCCACCGUCCUCUUACAGCGCUUCGGACUUGAAAAAGAGGACUUGGAUUAUCUUCUUACGUUCCCCGAAGAUCAGCUAAACUCUGAUAAUCUUGGCCAGAUCUUGAAGCAGAUCAGCCGUAUGAAGGAGGAAAAAACUUCAACACAGUCCUACUCAGACCCCCGACCGUCCACGAGCUUUCACGAAGAGCAAGACAUGUAUCACGACAUCUCAAUGCGGAUUUUGAAACCCGCAAAGGUUAUUGACUAUGGACAUACUGGGAGCUACACUGUGGUUGGACGGGAAAUCAGAAACCCCUCUGAAGUCACGAGCAGUGACACUGGAGGUAUGGUUUAUACCUAUAGCAGCAGUUACAGAGAGAUGAGCAGUGAAGAAGUUCCUCUAGAUGGUCGGCCCCUUUCUCCCACCACUGUCCCCUCAACGAGGAGUUCUGUGACUAUCCAAAGCAGCAAUCUACCUAGAUUGCCACAGACCCAACCAACCCAGGCUUCUGAAAAUAUCCCCACCCCUCUCGUUCCACCAAAGAAAGACAUAGAAACGUCAAAAAAGCCGAUGACCCACCAAACCAAGGCUUCAGAGAAAGCCAUCCCGGCCAGUGGCCCUCCAAAGACGGACACACAUCCGUCCAAACAGGUGCAGAGCCAGCCAAUCCAGGCGUCUAAAAUUCCCUUCACUCCUUUGCCUAUUUUAAAGAAAAAUAUACAAGCAAAGAAAAGACCAAAGUUUUCUAUCACAAACCUUCUAAAAGACCAUACUGCACAAGGGGGAUCACCAGAUACAAAGACUUUAAAACUACCUAGUACUAAGUCAGGUGAAAGUGAUUGUAAGCAAGACAGCGGUACUGUCAAAGGCCAGGUAAAAGAAGAGCAAAAGCCCCAACAAAGCAAGGCAGCAAUGGACCCAGCACAGAAACAGAUCAAUAGGCAAAGUAGAUGGGAACAGGUUCCCUCCACCGAGCAGAUUGCUUCACAUCCUGUUGUUCCCGUCGCUCUUGUCAUUCCUCCAUGUCAGUCAAGCACAGUAGCAACGCUGCACCAAAGUUCGGUAAAGUCCGAUAACAGCAGCCCAGAUAAGACGAAGCCCAAGACCUUGGAGGGGAAGCCAAUGCAAUCCGUGAUUAAUGACUAUUUAGCUACCACACCGCCAGCCUUCCCACAUCGGUGCAAGCUUUGUAAUAAAGAAUAUGACACCAUGACGGAGUGGCAUUCCCACUGUAAGAGCAGUUUGCACCUGCUGAACCGGCGUUUCCUUCGGAAAACAUAUCCAGACUGGGAUGGUGAGCUCCACCAGUGGAAAGCCUCAGAUAAAAAGUCUACAACCCGGAGCAGGAGCCGUUCGCGUUCACGUUCGCGUUCACGUUCACGUGGCCGUCGAAGAGACAGGUCCAGUAGCAGCUCCCGUUCUGGCUCCCGUUCCCGCAGCGCGCAGCGAAGUAGCCGAAAGAGAAGAUACACCGACAGCAGCUCCCGUUCCCGCUCCCGCAGCCCUCAUGGUCGCCAUGGCUCCAAGAGUGAGCAGAAACACGGGAGUUACAGGUCCCGGUCUCGUUCCACGUCUCCACGGCAUAGGUCUCGCUCCUCCCAGCGUUACCGCUCACGUUCAAGGAGCCACGAGAGAGACUCGAGGAAGAAGCGAGAAAGACGGUCCCCGCCCGACAGGUCAACAUCACCUGAGCCAAGGAGGUCGACCAGUGCAGAGCGGCUUGCAAAGAUGCUGCUGGAAGCGUCAGGUGUCCAGUCUCUGUCAAAACAGUCGGACUUGGAGGCUGUGGUAAAAUCCAUGACCCCCGCCCUAUUGGCCAAACUAGCAAAGGGGAGGUCAUCGUCGGCUCCACGGGACGAUCCUCAGGAAGACGAGGAUGACCCAAGGUUGGUGAUACUCCGUGGGAUUGAAAGCAUUCACACAUACACUGAUGUAAGGAAAGCCCUGGAGUCCUUCGGGAAAACUGAGUCGUUUGUGUUGUACAGAUCCAGAGGAGAGGCAAAAGUCCUUUUCCAGAAAGAGGAAGCUGCGGACAAAGUUCGGCGCACAAAGAGGUUUGAAUUAAAAGGAUUCACCAUCACCGUUCUUACAGAGAAAUGUGUUUUCAUACCCCCUGCUUCCACCUCUACGAAAGAGCAGAAAACAUCAUGCCCGUCUAAGAAGAAAGAAAAAGACGAGAAGCCAACAAAACCCAGCGAGGGUCGGCCCUCUGCUAAAACCGAGACCCCUAAGGAAAAACCUUCAUCCCGGUCAAGGGCCGCCGAGGACCCUGUUGCUGCUCCUAAGGCUGGGGGCAAGACGGCGUCAGAGCCUGGCGAUAAAGUCCCAGCUGAGCCGACCCCAGCAGCUCCGUCCGCCGCCGUCACGCUGAUGGACGAUUAUUGCUUGAACCCCGAAACCUCCCUGACUGUCGGGGACCAGUUAGAGUCCCUGCUGUCUAAAGACUGUUUCAGGUGCCUCACAGAUGAAAAGAAAUUGGCUAAGGAGAAAGUUUCUGUCAGGGUGUUCCUGAUCAGCAAUCUCCCAGAUUAUAAAGAAUGCAGCUACACUGAAAAGGAGCUGGCCGAGCUGUUCCUCCCUUACGGGUUCAUACAUGAAGUCGACACCGUCUAUUGUAUUCCUCAAUGUGGCCUGGCUUUGGUCACCAUGCCGAGACGUAAAGUCCUGCAGAACCUCUUAAAGACGACGUGCGGCGGCGUUGACUUUAAGGGGCAUGAGCUCAGCUUAGCCCCCGUUUGCAACAGCGCUCCAGCCUCACCAUUUCAGUUCUACAUUGCCCUGAUGAAGCUGAUUCGCUACAAAGUCACUGAUGACGGGUUGAGGACGGUCUUCAUUCACGACAUCGCACAAAGUGAGAUCCAGGAGCUGAGGGACGCUGUCAUGAAAGACUUCCGUGUGAGAAACUUCCUGCCUUUGCUCAACAAGGUGUUUGUAGAAUUUGAGUCGAGUGCCGACGUCGACCUGUUUGGACUCUCGUACAGCAAGACCACAGAAGUUCGCUCUUACAAACUGGAGAGAAUGAAGACACCGGAGAGCCCCAUUGAGUCGCCGGAGAAAUAUAACCUCCCACCAGAUGCCGAGUCGCCAUUUUGGAUCACCAUGAAAUGCGACCCGUUUAUAUUCCCGUCUGUCACGCCGCAGUUCGACAUCCCUGAUUGUACCCCCAUUAACAGCCUGUCAGACUUUACGCAAGCCACCUUUCCAGACAAGAAGUGCAUCACCAUCAUGCUGACGAAUUUACCGAAAGCCAAAUACACACAGGAGGACGUUUCAAGCUUGGUGUGGACGUAUUUUCCACAGAAGACUCUCACAGAUCUCUUCUCCAACGUGUUGGUCCUGCCGCUGCAGAGGAGGGCCUUUGUUUAUUUCAACCAAUGGGCUUCAUGCAUGAGCUUUGUGAAAGAUCUCACUAAUAAAGAGUUAACCAUCAACCGCAACAAACUCAAGGUCUUCCUGGUCUUAAAGAUGGAGCACCCCGGACCUACUGAGGAGGAGCUGUACAAAAAUAUGCUGAAAUUGUGUAAUUGUCCUGUUCUGGACUCGGAUUCUCUGGAGGAACGGCUGCUCUCUGUUGAGAUCUUCGAUGCGUCUCCAAAUAUCGUCACUCUGGUCAUGAGGGUGGUGGCGUCCAUCACUCCCUUCGUCAACUACGUGCCUCUCGCCAACAGGAUCUAUAUUGAGAUGGCUGACUCCAAGGCUGUGGCUGACGUGGUGCAUAAGGUUUUAUUUCUGCGUGACCUAAAAGAUAAGAACUGGGCUAAAGUUGGAUGCAUAGAACGGCUGACAACACUUCAGCAGCGACUGCAGCGAUCUGGUCACAGUACGAUUGACCCUAAGACACGAAGUAUAGCCUUACAGCAGUCUUCUAAAACUAAACUAAAGGCCAGUGGUAAAAAAGGAUCUGGUCUGUACGCGGUCCUGAAGUCAAUGCAGUGCAGUGCAGCAAAGGAUAGAGAGAAAUCACAAACUAGGAAACCACCUCCCGUCACCGUUUCUGAAGAUUCUGCUCAAAACUCAACAGGGACUUAUUCCCAACAAGGAAAAGAUAAACUCACAGAGAGAGAAGCACCAACCGAUCCCAGUCAGGCCCUGAAUAAGAGCGAGGAUCAACCCGAACGUUCAGAGGAAACCAGUUCAGAGGUUGUCGGCCCAAUUCAAGACGGAAACGACUCUUCAAAAGAUGACCCUGAAGCACCGGUCUUAAAUAAAGUAAAUGAUGAUCAGACCAUGACAGAAUCUGAAGGUCCAAACCCAGAGACCCCCAACGAGCUGAAGUCUAAAGUGACCAAUGAAGAAGUUGGUGACCAAGUGACCAAGUCUGUGGAGGAGCAGUCACCAACGACAGAGGUGGAGUUACAGGCUGAGAAAGUAGAAGAAAAAACAGACGACGACACAACUGGAGAGCCGCUGGGCUCAGAGGAGCAGAGCCUGACCCAGUCGACCGAUUCACCGGCGACUGAAGGGGCGUUACAAGCUGAGAAAGUGGAAGAAAAAACAGACCAUACGACGACUGCGACAGAAGAAAGGCCCAGAAGGAGCACGAGGAGCAGGACGUCUAAGACCGAGGAGAAGGAAAAGUCUCCAGUGCAGGUUAGAAGGUAUAUGACGCGGGCGAAGAACAGCAAGGCAGAGCGGGAGGCAAAGACUGAGGAGGCAAAAGAGACAGAACCAGAUGAGGAAGACCAGCCGCCGGUACAACAGAAACCAAAGAGGGGAAGACCAAAGAAAAACACUAAAAAACAGGAGAAAAAGCAAACCGGUCCUGCUGCUGUCGAAGAGGCAGGUUGCCAGGUUAAUGAAGUUCCUGCAGAGGAGCCCAGCGUCGAGACGGACUCGACGGCCUCUAAAGAAGAUGGAGAGAAAACUGAGACGGCAGUUCCAGCCAGGACGGAGGAAGAGGAGGAGGAUCAUCCUGAGCUUCGAGUUGGAGCUUCUCAGGAUGAUCCGGCCCAGCAGAGGACGACGGUCCAAGGAGCUUCCAGCCUGGAGAAGGGAGAAGGAAGUGAAACAAUAGACAAACUCAGCAACGAGGAGAACGGUGAACCCGAAAAAGACGAGACAACCGGAGAAGUGGAGGAGCAGAGGCUGACUGAGGCCGCUUAUGAUGUGAAACAUGUUGGUGGAGAAGGCUCAAGGCAGGAAGUCUCAGAGGAACAGAGUCUACCUGAGGCUGCUAAUGAUGUCAAAGAUGUUGAAGGACCUGAAUCCAAACCAGAAGGGUCCAAACAGGAAGUCUUAGAUGAACCGAGUCUACCUGAAGUUGCAAAUGAUGUAAAAUACGUUAAGGAACAUUUAUCCAGUGAAGAACAGUCCAGACAGGAAGUUUUAGAGGAACAAAGCCUGACUCAGUUAGCUGGUGACGUGAAAGAUGGUAGGAUAGAUUUACCUGCUGCAGAAGAGUCUAGACGGGACAUCGUAACGGGAGAAAGUCUGCCUCAGUUAGCUGGAGAUGUAAACUGCACUAAUGAAGAUUUACCUGAGGAAGAAAUGCUUAAAAUAAAAAUUGUAGAGGAGUUUUUGUCUCAAUUUGCUGAUGAUGAUGAUGUGCAAGAUGUCGAUGAGGGUUUAGCCGCUUCUGAAGGGAUGAAACGGGAGCCGUCAGAGGAACAGGGUCGGGAUCAGCCAGCUGGUGAUGUAAACGAUGCAGAGGAAGCUUUAUCCAGUUCAGAAGGGCCCAAACUGGACGUCUUAGAGCAACCGAGUCAACCUGAAGCUGCUAAUGGUGGAAAACAUGGUGGAGAAGAGGGCAAACAGGAAGUCUCCGAGGAGAACCGCCUGACUCAGUUGGCUGGUGAUUUAAAUCGUGAUGUACCUGCGGCUGAAGGGCCAAUACCAGACCAAAGUGUCAUUGAGUCGGUCCAUAAUUUAGAGACCCUGCCUGAGGAUGUACCUCCUCCAGAAGAACCUGCACCAGCAGCAGAGAUCAGCGAGCGUGAAGAACCAGAAACGGAGUCUAAAACUGAUCCCGACCCACAAGAAGACAAGAUGGACGACGCAGCUGACUCUUCCGCGCCUGAGAUCAAAUUGGAUGUGAGCGAAGCAGGUGGAGCUGAGGACGGGAGACCAGACACACAGGAAGCAGAGGAAGCCCCACAACCUGCUAAACGCAAACAUGAUGACAGCACAGAUGGGGCUGAGAGUACUGUACUGGCGGAGGAGGUGGGAAAGGCAGAUGAAGAGGAAGAGAAGGAGGAAGAGGACGUGAAAACGCCCAGAACCAGAGGUCGACCCAGGAAGAAAGCUAGGAAGACUCCUGUGAGAAAAUCUACCAGAGGUCAAAAGGUUGUGGCUGAACCGGAGAGAAAUGAAGAAGAAGAAGCUUCACUAGAUUCCUCCUCCACUUUGGACAAAGACGCGUCUUCAGGCGUCGUCCAGCCAGAGACUCAGACGACUGCGGAGGAGGCGGACAGUGUUUCUGCUUCUGCUUGUGCUGAGCAGCAGCCACCACUUGAAUGUCCUGAAGGACAGAAACAGGAAGAAAGUCUGAAGGUGGAGGAGAAAGAAGGAAACAGCACGGCUGAAAUUAAAGUGAGAAAAUCUACCAGAUGUCAAAAGGUCGUGGCUGAACCGGAAAAAGACGGAGAAGAAGAAGAAGAAAAGGAGUCACUUUCUGCGCCACUAGAUUCCUCCUCUACUUUGGAGAAAGACGCGUCUUCAGGCGUCGUCCAGCCAGAGACCCAGACGACUGUGGAGGAGGCGGACAGUGUUUCUGCUUCUGCUUGUGCUGAGCAGCAGCCACCACUUGAAUGUCCUGAAGGACAGAAACAGGAAGAAAGUCUGAAGGUGGAGGAGAAAGGAGGAAAGAGCGCGGCUGAAAUUAAAGUGAGAAAAUCUACCAGAUGUCAAAAGGUCGUGGCUGAACCGGAAAAAGACGGAGGAGAAGAAGAAGAAGAAGAAGAAGAAAAGGAGUCACUUUCUGCGCCACUUGAUUCCUCCUCCACUUUGGACAAAGACGCGUCUUCAGGCGACGUCCAGCCAGAGACCCAGACGACUGUGGAGGAGGCGGACAGUGUUUCUGCUUCUGCUUGUUCUGAGCAGCAGCCACCACUUGAAUGUCCUGAAGGACAGAAACAGGAAGAAAGUCUAAAGGUGGAGGAGAAAGGAGGAAAGAGCGCGGCUGAAAUUAAAGUGAGAAAAUCUACCAGAGCUCAAAAGGUCGUGGCUGAACCGGAAAAAGACGGAGAAAAAACGGCUUCACUAGAUUCCUCCUCCACUUUGGAGAAAGACGCUUCCUCAGGCGACAUGGCUGAACUGGAGAGAGACAAAGAAGAAGAAGAAGAAGAAAAGGAGUCACUUUCUGCAUCACUUGAUUCCUCCUCCACUUUGGACAAAGACGCGUCUUCAGGCGUCGUCCAGCCAGAGACCCAGACGACUGUGGAGGAGGCGGACAGUCCUUCUGCUUGUGCUGAGCAGCAGCCACCACUUGAAUGUCCUGAAGGACAGAAACAGGAAGAAAGUCUGAAGGUGGAGGAGAAAGGAGGAAACAGCGCGGCUGAAAUUAAAGACCUGAGCAAACAGAGAAGGGAGUCGAUCGGACCCAAAGCCAAGAGAUCUCGAUCCCAGUCUCCGAGUGGUGCUGCCAACUUCAGUCUGCCGCCGUUUGACCCAAAACGGCCUGUUGGUCAGGAGUUCACGGUCCAAAAACUGGCUUAUUUCUGUAACCUCUGCUCGGUUUUCUACCUCAAAGAGAACCUAGAUGAAGACCUGCACUGCUACAGUGAAAGCCACUACAACAAUCUGCAGAAACAUUACCAGGAGCUCCAGCAAAAACCUUCCAGAACAUCAGCAGAAAGCUGCCAGGGUUGGGUUUCUGAGUGACCGGUCGUUAGUCGCUGAGCCAAAUAAAAAUGACUCAGAUGAACUUUUGAUUUGAACCCCUCAGCUGGAGUAAGAUAAACCGUUCCUGUGGAUGAAAACUCUCUUUUUUGUGUUCAGUGACGACGGGAAAAGAUCUGAUGAUGAAGUCCUUUUAAUAUUUUUAUUUUUUUUUAUUGUUGGAUUCUGUCUGUUGGGUUGAAAUGCUUAGAUUUUUUUUUCUCUGAUGUUUUCACUGUAAAUACGUUUGCCCACUUUGUAGCUGUGCUGUGUUUCUUCCCAUAAACAAACCAGAAAAUUGUCAA